AUGGAGAGAAACGAACGCAAAGCGAAUUCGCGCACCCAUUCGAUUACCUUGGAUCGUGAUUCAAAGUUUUUAUUGCGAAAAGUUGUUAUGGAUUUCGGGAUACUUUUUAUCGUUGGCUUCUUAAUCCUCGCGUUCUACCUCUGGGGUUCUCCGUUCGAGCGAGGUUUCUUCUGCGAUGAUGAGUCCCUUAAGCACCCCUACAAGGACUCUACAGUCACCAAUGUUAUGCUCUACAUCGUCGGGCUCGGCCUUCCCGUGUUUACGAUGUGCCUCACUGAAUGGAUCAGGUUGCGUGACUACAAGGGAGGAAGAUCACGUGUAAUUCUGGGCCUGGAAAUCCCCGCUUGGAUAUGGGAAGCAUAUCGUAUGGUCGGCGUCUUUCUAUUCGGCUGUGCCUGUCAACAGCUGACCACAGAUGUAGCUAAAUAUACCAUCGGAAGAUUAAGGCCACACUUCUUUGACGUCUGUAACCCCGACAUCGACUGCACGCUACCGGAAAACAGAUGGCGUUAUAUCGAGAAAUUCACGUGUCUGGGAGAGAACACCAAGCUUCUUAAAGAAAUGAGGCUGUCCUUCCCGAGUGGUCAUUCGUCUUUCUCAGCAUAUACCAUGGUCUACUUCGCUCUCUACCUGCAGAAGCGCUUCAUAUGGCGUGGCUCCAAACUCCUGCGUCACCUUGUCCAGUUCCUGUUGAUCAUGUUGGCUUGGUACACUGUGAUGACGCGGGUUUCCGACUACAAGCACCACUGGAGCGACGUCCUCGCCGGAUUCAGUAUCGGAUUGUUUGCUGCUAUUAUUAUUUACGCUUUCGUAUCGGAUCUCCGCAAAACGUCCAGACGACAGAACGGCGCGCACGACAACGAGCUGACGACCAACGGAAACACCCGGACUGCCCCCAGCUGGCAGGUCUGA